GAAGCACAUCGUGAAUAUGCCCGACGCGACCACACGGGAACUCCUCCAGCUGUGCGAAAAAGCAGGUUGGAAGCCGGAACGAAUCAAUGGCAGCCAUAUUCGAGCGAACUCUUGAUCGUGAUGAAUCACGUCAGAAGUGUAUAGGCUUGUGCCGGAGCCGGGGUUUAUUUGGAUAGAUCAUGAUAGAUGACGAUGAUGAUGCAGAGGUCGUGUUGGUGGAGACGCUUAGUCAAAAAGAUUGCUCCUGGUCGUACAAGAUAUUUGCAGAUUAAAAGACCAAGACAUUUUUACUCCGACAACGACUUGUGCGUGCGUUCAAGAUCAAGAUUUUGCUGUGAUAAGUCACACGAUUUUCACGCGACCGAACUGUGGGAGCUUUCCGAUUGCUAUCCAUGGCAACCGGGUCCGGCCCGACGUCUGUCGCGGAGUCCUGCGGCACCUGCUUGCGCACGCCAGCUGCCCAACCCACAGCGGCAC